AUGGACAGCAACAGGACGUUUUCCAGUGACUUCACGCUGGUGGGGCUCUUUGCCCACAGCAAAGCCUCAGGCCUCCUGUUCGGGGUCACUGCUGCCGUCUUCCUGACGGCCAUGGUCACCAAUGGGAUGCUGAUCUUCCUGAGCUGCAGGGACACACUGCUGCACACGCCCAUGUACUUCCUGCUCAGCCACCUCUCGCUCAUCGACAUGUUGUACGUCUCCACCAUCGUGCCCAAGGCUUUGGCUGACUACCUCGCAGGCAGCAGCACCAUCUCCUUCUCGGGCUGCACUGCCCAGUACUUUCUCUACAUGGGCUUUGUGGGGGCUGAGUUCUUCCUGCUGGGCCUCAUGGCCUACGACCGCUACGUGGCCGUAUGCAGCCCACUGCGCUACCCAGUGCUCAUGAGCCGCAGGGUCUGCUGGUUGAUCGUGGGGAGCUCUUGGUUCGGUGGCGCUCUGGACAGCCUCCUCCUCACGCCCCUCACCAUGAGUCUUCCCUUCUGUGCCUCACACACCAUCAACCAUUUCUUCUGCGAGGCCCCCACCAUGCUGAGGCUGGCCUGCGGCCACAAGGCCGCCUACGAGACAGUGAUGUAUGCUUGCUGUGUCCUGAUGCUACUGGCCCCCUUCUCUGUGGUGACUGCGUCCUACAUGCGCGUACUCAUCGCUGUGCAGCACAUGAAGUCCGCAGGCGGGAGGAGGAAGGCACUGGCCACCUGCUCCUCGCACAUGAUGGUGGUGACACUGUUCUACGGGGCCGCAGUGUACACCUACGCGCUGCCCCCAGCCUACCACACCCCGCUGCAGGAUAAGGUCUUCUCCGCCUUCUAUACCAUCCUCACGCCCGUGCUCAACCCGCUCAUCUACAGCCUGAGGAACAGGGACGUGCGGGAAGCCUGGAGCAGGGUGGUGGGCCGGCGUCCAGGCCCUGCGGUGUGA